AUGGGCCUCGUUACAGCCCAUCUUAUCAAAGGCGUUGCUGCAGGCAUUGGGCUAGCAUCGGAAGGCAUUGCCGCCCGAAAGGCUAAAAAGGCACAGCAGGCUCGAGAGGAUGCAUGCGCAUACAACUCGACGAAUACAUCCAGUGAUACUGUUAUAUACCCCCAAACACAACCAACAGAAACACAAUUCGAGUUAGACUCGCAUGAGAUAUUGGAAUUAGAUGCGAAUCAAACAGUUCCGAUCGCCGAACUUGAAGCACCCGGACAGGUGGACACACAUCGGCUCGCGGAGCUCCAAGCUAGUCGAGCGUUCCACCCGUCAGUACACAAUCAGGGAAGCGAGACAACACUGGUACCGGAAAGCGAGAGGAUAGAUGAAACAGCAUUGGCAACAAGUUUUGCAAGCCAAUACCCUAUACCCGCGGAAUGCACUUUGCCAGAAGUCGUCUGUCGGUUACCCGCACCGGUGCUUCUCCCUCAGCGUAGACCUAAGAAUCGCGACCGUGGGUUUGUUCGAGCAUAUGCCCCCGAUCUUGAUCCUUGUGGUGUCGAUCAGAAGAUGUUCAUCGAUUUCCUGAACACCGCCGAGAAAGGGUGCCGAGCCCACCGCUGGUUGCAAGCCAUCAACUUGGCAGCUAUCGCUGGACACGCUAUCCCAUCAGCUUUUUCUAUUGUCGUGGGAAUUGCCAUUCAUCAGAUUGCAAACUUGUCAAUUGCGGCGGAUGGUCGUCGAAGGACAAACAACUUCUUUGACCAGGCCAACGAAGAAUUCUUCAAACCACGAGGAUUAUACUGUCUCGUCAUGACUUGGUAUCCGGAAAACCCAGAUGUCCCCGCGAUGACAAUGGAUCUCCAGUCCACUAUCGCAAAAGCGACCCAGGGAAAUGACUCUACUGUGCUUGGAUCCAACGUUUUAGGCAAUCUGCGACACAAGUUCAAAACAUCUAAUGGAAAGACAUACGGAAAUGUGUUCCCAGAAGUUGCACAACUAGUCUUCCCCAGUCCAGAAGAGAUUGGCGACCAGCCAGAUCUCGAAGCCAAGUUUGCUAAGGCGAAAAAGAAAAGAGAUUUUAUCCAAAACUAUUUGGACAAGCGAGCCCAAGCUUCUUUUGAAGCGGAGAACCCGAAUAGCUAUUUGAAUCAACGACCCAAGCCAACUUUUGCAUCACGUUAUGCCGAUCCUAAUCACCCAGCUUGCAGUGGUGACCUUUUUGCACUUCUUACCGGUGGAGUUAUCUCCAGAGAUGAAGGUGAAAAUGACAGUAUUGUUCAUAAAGCGAUCCAAGCGGGCUCCAAAAUGCUAGAAUCAAAGGCAUUGUACCUUGCGAUCGUCAAUAUGCCAUCGGAAUCUGAAUUGCGAGAGGCACGAGCCACAUUGAGCUUAUAA